AUGGCGGAACGUACGUUAACACCGAUAAAUUCUCUCGUUAAAUAUGAAAAUCCAUUAUUGGUAACAAGACACGAUGAUAAGAAAAGUUCAGGUACGAAAGGUGCCAUAAGAGCAUGUUCACCAUCGAAAGAAGGAAAAGUCAAAACGGAAACGGAAGAAAUAUUAAAUGCAAUACUUCCACCGAGACAAUGGGAAGAAGAUGGAAAUCUUUGGAUGCAGCAGGUUUCGAGCGUACCUGCAACGAGAUUGGAUGUGAUUAACCUACAGGAACAACUCGAUAUGAGAUUACAACAGAGGCAAGCAAGAGAAACUGGGAUUUGUCCCGUUAGAAGAGAACUUUACAUACAAUGUUUUGACGAACUUAUUAGACAAGUAACGAUUAAUUGCGCGGAAAGAGGAUUGCUAUUAUUAAGAGUUCGUGACGAAAUUAAAAUGACUUUGGCCGCUUGUCAAACCUUAUACGAAAGUAGCAUAGCGUUCGGUAUGAGGAAAGCACUUCAGGCCGAACAAGGAAAAGCGGAUUUAGAAGAAACUGUUGAAAAAUUAUUAGGAGAAAAAGCGGAUUUGGAAAGGCAAAUAGCGGAUUUGAGAGCGAAAGCGGAACAAGUCGAAAGAAGGUUUAGCGAAUUGAGGCAGGCCGAAGAAAAGAAACACAACGAAGAAUUACAAUUUUUAAAGAAAACCAAUCAACAAUUGAAAACUCAACUCGAAGGCAUAAUAGCGCCUAAAAAAUAA